GCCGAGCUUGUGCUGCUUGCAACAUGGAGUGCCAUGAAAAUGGCAGCUUCGGAAGGGCCACUGUUGCACACAUGUGCUGGAGAUGCUGAAACCGCAAAGCCACAACAGGUAGCUGACAGCACUGGAAAUUAUUGGCGACUGCCUCCUGUUUCCAAGUCUGACUAUGAAGCUGAUGAAGCUGAAAGGGCAAAGUCAACGCAGUUUGGAGAGGAAAUUUGGCGGGACACCAUGGCCAGACUGAUUUUGAAGCUUCAAGACGGAGCUUCAGGAGAAAGUUCGGCCAAUGAAAUACCAAAGCGGGACGGAGUUUCAGAGAGUUCCUCCGAAACAGGGACUCGACUGGACUGGUCCGUGCCAAAGCAAGGCUUUGAGAUCCUGUCAGAUCAGCGCGAUUCUGAGAAAGUGGACGCAAGUGGCAGACAAGUCACAGAGAAAUGGGUCAUCCAAGGACAGCAAGGAUCACCGUUGGACAAAGAAUGCUGGCGGGUGAUGCCUGCUGUAGAAGCUGCCAUGAGUGCUGUUUCAAUUGCCCAGGCAGCUGCUGAGAGGCAGUGCGCGAAGGCCAAAGAAGCUGAAAUUGAAGCGAAAGAAAAAGAAAGACUCGCUUUGAAGAAGACAUCAGAAGCAGCAGAGGAAGUUGCUCGGGCCCGUGCCAUUGUCAUUGAAGCCCAGCAGACGAGUGCUGCUGCAGCUCAUCUCAGAGCUUCAGAGGAGCAAUUUGCAGAGCAAGCUGCGGAGAAACUGUCCCAGCAGUUGUCGCAGCAAUUCGCGGAGCAAGUUGAGGUGAAGUUGGCUAGAGCAGAGGUGCGGAGAGCAGAGCUGGAAGAAAACUUGGCGGAGCUUGCAUUGAAGAGACGGCAAGAAAAAAUGCAAGAAAUACAGGCAGCCCAGGAAGUUGCUGAGUGCAAAAUGAAGAACCGUGAGGAGGCCCUAGAAGUGGCCGUUCGUUCGGCUGAACGUCGGGCGCAAAAUCGUUUGCUUGAUGCCAAUGCCUUAGCAAUAAGCGCUGAAGAACAAGCAAAGGCCGCUGAGGCUCGAGCAAAGGCAGCGGACAAAGAAGCUGAUGAAGCAAUUCGUUUUGCUCAAAAGAGGGUUGCUGAAGCUGAAAUGGCGUGCAAUGUUCGCAUUGGACGUACACAUAUUGCCGAGAUGGCCGCAGAGCAAGAUGCAGCAACUACAUCAUUGUCGUGGGCAAAUCUGAUGAAAGACUUACCUCCUGGUUUGGAAGACAGGUUGCUUGCCGCGGAGACAUUUCUUCAGCAAAGCUUCAAAGUUGGUGCAGGUGUUGACAUUAGUGCGAUAGAUGCACUUCGCCGAGCAAGGGAAGCUCACGGAAAGAUAGCCUCACAAACCCAACCUCUAGCUGCAGCCUUCAUGAUGACCUGGGGUGUGUUGCUGGCCAUUGCUUUGGACACGGUACUUCAGCUGUUCCUUGCUGCACAAACUCCACCUGCUCUGGCAUCAAAUGAGUGCCAGCAGCCUGUGAUUACGAGCGACAAAUCUUGCCUCAGCCAAGCUCGCUCUGGAAUGAAUGUGUUGAGCGACCGGAGGCAUUUCGAAAGUCAACACGCAGAGCAGCAAGAAGCAUUUGCUUCACAGAGGGCAAGAGAUGGAGAUUGGGACCGCUUGUCGGAAGUUGGCUAUGAUCCAGAAGCAGAGACUCGGGAGCAAACUGCAGCGGAGCAGCACUCAGAUUUGGAGGGAGUGCUCGACGAAACAAGAGGCCGACGAUGGCAUGAUGCUGCAGCUCCUGCAGUUCCUGCAGCCAAGUAUUCUACUGGGAAUGUCUCAGUGCAGGAGCUGAAGGAAGGUAUGUCACUGAAUGCCCAGAGCCUGCCUUUGGACAGCACAAGACGUGACCAUUUGUUGACUUCAAACACAGAAGGCUGCCGUGCGCAUUCCCUCUUGCAGUUGAAAGAGUUGCAACAGGAGCAGCUGCGUGACUUGAGAAACUUGAGGGAGAUGCAACUACUUCAGGUAAGUAGCCUGCAGAACGGACCUUUGACAUUUCAGCCGGAAGAUUCACUUGCGAUGCUUGACUCGAUGCAGGAUAACAUCGACUGUUGCAAGAGUGACAAGCGCUCGUUCUCCGCUGAUCUUGAUCGCUUUCGGGCGGAGCAGCCUGAGGAGAACCUGUCGAUCACCAUUGGUGAGGUGCAGCGGUCGGUGGCAAUUGAUCGCGCAAGGCUUCAGGAGGAACUGUGGACCUUAAGAUUGCAGCAACAGCUUCGACGUCAUUCUGCCUCACCAGGUGCUCGUCCGUCCUCACCGCUGAAAACCCGAUCGCGGACACCUUCUCCUCAGCGACGACCAUUGUAUGAUCUGCCUGACCAGAAGGGAACAGCUGACCUGCAGAGGAGUCGAGUGCUUCCUGCGGACAUAGCGGCGCGUCUCAGCAGCUCCCCAGCCCUGGCAGCUGCCGCUCAGCACUGGGGACUUCCGCGGAAGGCUCCCUCUCCGUCACGGCGUCGACCGUCAUCGCCUGCAGCGAAAGCAGCAGCGAAAGCGCCCAGAAAUGGACCAAGCGGGCCACGGCCGGCCAAUGCGCCUGCCAAUGGAAAUGGGCCAAGGGCGAUGAAUGGCAUGACCUAUGGCAUGGGCAUGGCCCGAGGACCUUUCUCACCAGUGAGGGCAUGCCAUUCACUGUGGAGACCAGGUAUCUCUGGUUGCUGACAUGAUGCAUCAUUGAAUAC